GCCCUUCCUGCGUGCGGGCGAGGCUCAGUGACAGCUGCGGGGCUCCGAGCGUCGCCCUUCUGCGUGGUUUUACCCGCACGGAGAAAAACGCACGGAUCCCAAAACCCAAGCCCGGAAGGAAAAAAGAAGAGGACGAAAAGCCGAAUCGCGCAGGUGGAGGAAGACUUUAAAAACCAGCAACACAAGUUUCGGGAGGGAAACCGAAAACCACAACAAACCGGCUGCUGCCGCUGCUUCGUCCCGGCAGGAUGUGAGAGAAGCAUAACAGAAAACUCAAGGCCACCACAAGAUCUGAGCGGGAACAAGUUCAAAGAUCCGCGGAAGAGACCCGGCCGCGGACGACCAUGGCCCGGUUCUUCUCCGGAGCCGUCACAAGUUCACCGAUAAAACGAAGGCUGCGGGCGAAUCACUCCUGUCAGAGCCUCGACCUGUCCCUCCUCUCUCCCGACUCCUCGUACGUCUGUUACUCCUCGCUGGACGGCGGUGACCCCUGCUGCUGCCGCCGCUCACCGCGCCUCCUCACCAACGGGUACUACGCCGUCACCGAGGACAGCUUCUCCUGGGACGACGACGGGAACGUGUCGCUGACGCCCUGCAAAACCAACGUGUCCUACAAGGAGAACCUGGUCAGGGUUUUCCGGCGCAGACGGAGGCCUCGCAGCUCUCUGGCUCGCCUCCUGAGCGACGUCACCGAGAGCUGCCAGUCGUGGCUGGACGAGAAAGUCUUCAGGGGUGUGUUCGGGACGGGGCAAAACCAGAACCAGGACCAAGACCGGGACGAGCACGAGGACAAGGACCUGGGCAGAGGAUAUGAGCGCGAUCACCCCUGGACCAUGAGCAGCCGGGAGGGCCCAGCCCUGUUGGAUGAGUCCUCCUGGUCUGGAUUCUGCAGCACUGUGCUGGAUGACAGCCGCAGCUUUACAUACGACCCGACAGAGAUCCCGCCCCCUCCUGACAAAAUGCCCCCGCCCCCGAAGCUGCUCGUCCAGGAGGAGAUUUGCUCUGAGAUCUGUCAAUCAAAGGAGCGGUUCACCCAGUCACUGGGCGGACUCUCAGAGGUCCCGCCUCCCUCUGCCUUCUACACCAGCACCUGCUGCUGUCCGGCCUCACCUGAGCACACGGGGUUAACGGUGAAGGCCUUUCUCCUCUUCAUCUUCACCAUCUUCAUCUUCACGGCUCUUUACUCGGGGUGUGUGUGGUGGAGCACGACCGUAACAUCAGCUGUGGUCGUGACGAUUACGGCCUUCAUGUUCCUGACAAAGUCGGGGCCGAUGGGCGAGUGGAGGAAGGCGAAGACGGAGGAUAUCACAUCCAGAAACGAGUAAAAGAAGACAUCAAAGUGGAAGAGAGAAAGAAGAAGAGAAGGUCUGAUGGGAACUCAACAGAAAUAUUUUACAUUUCACUAAGUGUUUGCAUGUGAGUCGCACUUAAAGGACCAAGUUAUACAGAGCUCCGGAAAACAUUUUUACAGCAACACCUGUUUGACUGCGAAACGUAAAAUAACCCGUUUUUGAAUGUAAAAUCCUGUUUAAUGCACUGAGACGCGUCGACCACAAGGGCUGCAGUUCUUAUUCUGAUUGAAGUGAAACUAAACCAACACGUUUUUUAUAUUUAACAUUUCAAUCUAAAAAAAACGCUGGGAAAAUCAGCACGGUGUUGCAUUCAGGUCGUUGUGACGAAGUCCUCAAGCCAACUUUUGUAUUUUAUGUCAACACAGCACUCGAGCCUUUUAAAUAUUAAGGUCACGGUUCGUCCUGGUAUCUGCUCGCUGUGCAGGCAAAUGUUUUUUACAUAAAAGAGUCCGAUUUAACAUGAAACUGUAAAUAACAAUCUGACUUUGCGUCUCAUUGUGACUGGAUUUUGAUUCAUGUUUCCUGUGUUGAACGUUGGAACCGUGAAACCUUUCACCAGCAGCACCUUUGGAUUUUCCCAGCGAAGAAAACCUGAAUCAGACAGUUUGUCUCUGGUGAAAUGCUGAAGGAACUCUUUGACAUUGGUGACACGAUUUGCUGUAGUUUAGCAGCCAUGAAAGAUAAAGAAUAUCCAUAUCAAAUACAAAACAUCCAGAUGUACCUGGUGUAUUUUUAAAAGACUCUAAAUGUAUCUUCUGUUGUUAGCAGUUGAACUUGGCUUUUUUGGGGCUGUCCAAAGUGACCAAACGUCAGACGUUCGGUGUCUGAGAACAAAUUCAGGUCCAGCAGCAAAAAAAA